AUGAUCCGUGAUGCGACCAAGACAAAUCGCUACGAUGAGAGCGGCAAGCUCAAGUUCUACUCCCUGGAGGGGAGCCUGAAAGAGAAGGGCUCUUUAUUGUCGAUUUUUUACACAACCUACGAGCCGAUAAAGACAAGAAACCCAGCUUGUUGGUCUGGUGUCUGGUUAUCUAUCUUCGCGCUGAAGAAUUCUCGGAGAGGACUUAUGCCUGGCCCGAUUUCUGAUGUCAAAAUGGACUCUCUUCCACCUUCCCCAAAUCCUAGCGGUGCAACUACGGAGCUGAGCACCACAGAGCCCGUCCGGCCUGACGUUGGUCGAUUCGCAAUGUUGAUAUCCAUUGAUAUAAUCGCAAAGUUGGCAAUCGAUGCAGCAGCUAACUCGGGCUCUGAGCCCCAUAUGAAGUUUAUAAAGGAACCAGUAUUCAACAAAACGCUGAUAGGAUACUUCGAAACUGUCCCUGACUACAUGCCUGAACAAGUUGAUUUUGGAUGGAGGCCAACCCUUGCAACGGCGGUGUGGACAUUCUUCUGUGCAUAA